AUGGCAUCAACCUGUGUGGUCCACGAGGAAUCGCAAGAUCUCCGUCAUAUCACUCUAGAGGCCCAACGAACGGGGACGGACGCUUCAUCGACGGACCAGCCCCAGGGCUUUCCGGCAUUAGAAAAAUGGAACCACCCUCGAAUCAACAUCUACCGCUCCUUUGCCACGUUCUGGGGGUUUCUGGUCAUGGGUGCCAAUGAUGCAGCGUACGGUUUGGAAUCCUAUUAUCAUCUUUCGUACACGGUGGUGUCCCUUGUUUUUCUGUCACCCCUGGUCGGGUAUACCCUCGCUGCGUUCCUCAACCACCGUAUCCAUACCACGUUGGGUCAACGUGGGGUGGCCGUGAUUGGGCCAGGCUGCCAUCUCAUCGCGUACAUUGUCAACUGCGUGCAUCCACCCUAUCCGGUGCUGGUGGUCUCGUUCAUCUUUGCCGGAUUCGGGAACGGAAUCGAGGAUGCCGCCUGGAACGCCUGGAUUGGGAAUAUGGCCAAUGCCAACGAGCUGCUUGGUCUCCUCCAUGGAGUAUACGGGUUGGGCGCUGUACUAAGUCCAUUGAUCGCGACAUCGAUGAUAGCCCGCGCCAAUUUGCCGUGGUAUUAUUUCUACUAUGUGAUGGUGGGGUGUGCUUUCAUCGAAAUCGUGUCUUCUAGUGUAUGCUUUUGGAAAGCCACCGGGGCCGCCUUCCGUGCCGCCAAUACGCACUCAGUGGAGGAAAACAAGAAAGGAGGUCUUCGGGCGGCACUGUUCCAUCGCCCAUCGGCGCGGGUGACCUGGCUCUGUUCCUUGUUUCUGCUGGGAUAUGUCGGAGUCGAGGUGGCGCUGGGAGGAUGGAUUGUUACCUUUAUGAUCCGUGUUCGGCAUGGCAGUGCUUUUGCCAGUGGGAUGACGGCCACUGGUUUUUGGUUGGGUAUCACGGUUGGCCGAGUCGUUUUAGGGUUCGUGACACCACGUGUGGGCGAGAAGAUUGCGAUCAUGGGCUACUUAAUUUUUUCGAUGGCCUUUGGACUGGUCUUGUGGCUAGUGCCCCAAUUCUAUGCGUCGGCGGUGGCCGUCUCGUUCCAGGGCUUCUUCUUGGGUCCGCUCUUUCCAGGCGUUGUAGUGAUGGUGACCAAGCUUCUCCCACGGCACCUUCACGUCAGCUCGAUUGGGUUUGCUGCCGCCUUUGGUGGCAGCGGGGCGGCCAUUCUCCCAUUUGCCGUUGGAGCACUGGCCCAAGCAAAGGGCGUGAAAGUAUUGCAGCCGUUCAUCAUUGCCCUGUCGGGAGCGAUUCUUCUUGCGUGGCUGGGAUUGCCGCGGGUAUCCAAGGCGAGACGAAGUGAGUAA